AGAUCAGUGUUACCCAACUUGUGAUGUAUAUGAAUACAUGUAUAUAUCGCAUGAAUAUAUAUCACAUAUCAAUGUUACUGAACUUGUUUUAAAACGUUUAAGAGACACUGGAGAGUGAUGCCACCCCUGCUCGACGUUGAGAAACCCCACUCGCAGCAGACGCGUGUGCAGGUGCAGUAAUGUAUGCUAAUGUUACUUCGGACCCAGAUAAUCUUGACUGAUGUCACCUCGAUGACAGCUCCUGGCAUGGCAGCAUUUGCAGUCCCGUCAUGAACUGAAAACUAUAAAAACGACCCGACAACCGCCGGUAACCAGUUCCCUGCAUCCGCUGGAUUGAUACUGUGUUGGAACCGUUCAAGUCGUCUCGAGUAUUUGGAAGAAGAUCCAUGAUGUCUAGAGUCGUGUUGUGUCUCGUGUUUUCCACUCUUGCCUCAGGUGUAUUUGGACAGUUGGGCACCGCGGGAUCGGGAAAAACAGCAAUUUUUGGAGGUGGUCAAACAUCUGUGGCAAGGCAACUCAUGCCGUCCUCCGGUUCCGGCAUGUCUGGUCUCGGCUUGUUAGGUCUGGCUUCGGGCAGUGACCUUAUGAGAGACAUGGCCAUGAUGAGCAUGAUGACAAACCGAGGCCAGGCGCAGUCAGCCCCAGUGGGUCAGAGAUCAGGCGGAGGAGGAAUGGGUGGUCUGGGUAGUGGAGCAAUGGGAGCGCUGGCACUCACAGGAGGACUGGGGGACAGUUUCCGUCAACUUGCUGGGCUAUCAAUGAUGACAAAGCCAGGCAUGGCCUCCAGUCCGUUAGGCAUGAUGGCUGCUGGAAGUGUCCUCGAUCUUGGCUUUGGAAUGGGAGACAACAUGUUAGGUAAUAUGUUGUUGCUUGGCGGUUUAGGCAAAUCACAGUCUUCCUCCAACCAGCCAGGUAGACGAGGAGGUGGCGCUGGAUUUUUCGGGAUGAGGCAAAGUAGUAGCCAGAGUAUAAUGCCGUGGCUAUUUAUGGAAGGGUGGUGAAAUGAUCCACGGACAUACAUUACCAAGGCGUAGUGUGUAACCAUGGAUGUUUUGUUCCUGUCUGUGGUAACGCAAACCUAGGCAACAAAAAUAUAGCAAAUGCAUCGAAAGCGAGUAGUGUUUGAACACGCCGACUGAGCUUCUUGAGAAACCGACAGUAAAAUAAGGUGACUGUUCAUAUUCAUAUAUUAACAAAAACUGGUUAGAUAGCUCUGAAGCUACUUUGUAAAAUGAUCUAAUCAGAGCGUCUAUGCAAUUUCAUUUUUUAAAUUAUUAUUAUUACUUCGAAAUAUAUUUCCAACGUUAUGUUUUAUUAGUUUCUUCUUUUUUCGUGCUUAAAUUUUUUUUCUCGUUUUUUUCUGGAUUGUUUAUUAUUAUUAUUGUUGUUGUUUUAUCAUUGCAAAAAUAAUAAUAAAGAUAUUUGUGUAC